AUGGGUGAUUUUGAAGGAGAAUUAAACACAAUGUCAACAGAUCCCGACCAAUCGGAUACUGAGUUAUCCUACCCCUACAUCCAUGAGCGCUUGAUGACGGGUCUUGUACCAGAGAACCUUGAGUCUAGCACUUUCAUGAGCAGCCAAAUGGAUGAAAUAAUGAGUGAAGAUGAAUCAGAUUUCUCUUUCGAGCCAGAUGAAAGAGAAGAGGUGAAAGUUCAGUCAGGGGAUAACCAAGAUAAAGAUGAAGAGCCAAUGGAUCAGUUUUUGUAUCUUCCUCGCUUAAGCCCUCUCACCCAUCACACGAACCACCACUAUGUCUACCACGAUUUAAUCCCAAGCGAGAGCAGAAACUACGGAUCCCUCUACAUAAAACUCAAGGAAAUCGUGUACCUAGUCCUGUACGCUAGCCCAUCACAUUACUCCCCUGAAAACGUAAUGAACACGCUUUACUCUAAAAUCUCAAAAUAUUCAUCAGAGUAUUCCAAGUCGUUAAUAUCCUGUAGAAGGUUAGACAGAAUCCUGGCACAUUUGCCUUCUUACAGUAGCCUGUACGAGCACUGGAAGUUGUGCAUGGAAAGGCCUAAAUUUAAGACAUUGUUUGUGGUAUUUAUUGCAUUUGAGUGCUAUCAUAGUAUUUUGUUGGCUAUUGAUUCUCCCUUGUAUAUGGAUUUCUUAGGAGAAUACUUGCCUAUGAAAUAAACAGAUGGUCGAUAUGCUCGAUGAAGACAACUUCGAUAUCCUAAUGUACUACGUCAAGAGGAGAGUCCCUAAAUUAUCUGAUCGAUAUGGAAUCGAAGACCAAGACCAGUGCCUAGCCAAGGUCCUUAGAUGUAUCAAUGAAGAGGAGCAAAUGUGAUUCGAAAUGACAAAGAGAAAUAGGCCAUCACUGUUUUAUGCAUAAUUUUUAGAAAAAAUUGAGU